AUGACAACGAUUGAAGAAAUUAAACUUCCCUUUGAUGCAGUUGAGAUCCGGAUUACUGCAGAAAUUGCACGACAGUCAGGGAAGGCCCCUGGAGGUUCCGAAUCAGCACUCAAAUCCGAGAAGAAAUGGUGUAACUUCCACAAAGCCAAAUCACACAACACCUCAGAGUGUCGAACACUUCAGUCAGCUGAAAAAGGUCAAAGGAAGAAGGAAAAAGAAAGACACAAGGAUAAAGGAAAAGAGAAGGAAAAGGCAAAUACAGCGGAGCAAUCAUCUGGAUCUGACUCCAAGGAGGAAUAA